AUGAUAAUUGUUUCUUGGAAUGUGCGUGGUGUUGGCAAGGUAGAGUGUGCCAGUACCAUUAGAGACUUAAAAAAAGCUUAUGGUAUUGAUGUUUUUGCUGUGCUUGAGCUUAGAAUUGGUGGUUCUCGAGCUCUCUCUGUUGCAAAGAGUUUGGGAUUUUCCCAUUAUCAUAUUGUGGAUCCCAUUGGUUUUUCUGGGGGUGUGUGGCUUCUUUGGGAUGGUAAUUUUGUUUCUUUACAUGUUGUUGCUCAUUCGAGUCAAACCAUUACUGCUUUAGUUACUAUGGAUGCUAAGAGGUGGUUGCUAACAGUAGUUUAUGCUAGUCCAUGUUCUAAUGUGAGAACCUCUCUUUGGAAGUAUUUUGAUGGGUUGGCUGCUGUUUGUAAUUUACCUUGGUUGUUGCUUGGGGAUUUUAAUGAUAUUGUUUGUGGUGAUGAGAAGCUUGGUGGUAAUUUUGAUGUUGGUGGUCAGCAUUUUAUUGAGUGGCUUGAUAGGAAUCAUCUUAUUGAUUUGGGUUUUUCUGGCACUAAUUUUACCUGGUGUAAUAAAAGGGGUGAAGAGGAUAUUAUUUGGAAACGGCUUGAUAGAGAAUCUAUGCCUUUCAGAUUCCAAGCAAUGUGGUUAAGUCAUCCUAGCUUUUUUGAGUUCCUUUCUGGUUUGUGGAAUUCUGGUACGGGAAAUGCUUUUCAGAAGCCUCCUAGUCUUAUUUGGCCUCUUCAACGUUGGAAUAAACAGGUGUUUGGAUGUCUUUUUCAAAAGAAAAGAAGGAUUUUGGCUUGGCUUGCUGGUAUUCAAAGAAGCUUAUGUAUGCAGUUUAAUCCUUUCCUUAGUCAGUUGGAAACUGAUUUGACUACAGAGCAUAAUCGCAUCCUUGAUCAAGAAGAGGUUUUUUGGUUGCAAAAAUCUAGAAACACUUGGCUUAAGGAAGGUGAUAGGAAUACAAUUUUUUUUCAUCUUUCUACUAUUAUUAGAAGUCGCUGGAAUAAAUUGGAAGGGUUGACUAAUGAUGCUGGAGAGUGGAUUUCUGAGAAAGGAGGUAUGAAACAAAUUGUUAUUCACUAUUUUCAAGGGCUGUUUAGUGAGCCUACUUUAUCUGGUGAGUAUUCUUUACUUCCCCAGUAUUUUCCUGAGCUUGAGCACUCUGUUUGCACAAGGUUAAAUGGUGAGGUUUCUAAUGUGGAGAUUCAAAGUAGUUUAUUUGCUAUUGGUGGGUUGAAAACGCCUGGCCCUGAUGGAGCUUCUCUUCCUGAGCACCUUAAUGAUACUUUAAUUGCUUUGGUUCCUAAGGUUGAAAGGCCUCUUAAUAUGGCUCAACUUAGGCCUAUUAGUUUAUGUAAUACUCUCUAUAAAGUGGUUUCUAAGAUUUUAGUUUCUAGGCUUCGUCCUAUUAUGAGUAAAAUUGUUAGACCCACUCAAGUCAGUUUUGUGCCAGGGAGACAUAUUGUUGAUAAUAUUGUGAUUGCUCAGGAGAUGCUUCAUAAGUUCAAGGUUGCUAAAGGUCAAAAGGGUUUUAUUGCUUGGAAAAUUGAUCUUUCCACGCCCUAUGAUCGUUUAAGUUGGUCUUUUAUUAAAGAGGCCUCUAUUGAGCAGUGUUUGGAUGAUUUUUGCUCCCUUUCUGGUCAGAAGGUCAGUUUUGAAAAGUCUAUGGUUUGCGUGUCCCCUAAUGCUUGUCCUGGUUUGGCUCAGAAUAUUGCCUCUAUUAGUGGUUCUCCUUUAUCUGAUAACCUUGUUACCUCAGCUAUUCCUAUUUAUUCUAUGCAAACUGCUAUGUUGCCUGCUUCUGUUUGUUCCAAGUUGGAUCAGUUAAAUAAGAAUUUUCUUUGGGGGCAUGCCUUUGAUAAGGUUAAGGUGCAUCUUGUGAACUGGGAAACUGUGUGUAAGUCUACAUGUGUUGGUGGUUUGGGAGUGAAAAAGGCUGCUUGGAUGAAUCAAGCUUUAUUGGCUAAAUCCGGUUGGAGACUUCUUCAUAAUGACAAAGGGCUUUGGGCCAAAGUUCUUAAGGCUAAAUAUUUAAAAAACUGUGAUAUGUUGUCUGUUAAUGAGCAUAAGUUUCGUAAUUGCUCUAGCAGCAGGAGGGGUGUGUUAUUUGGUGCUAAGCUUCUUCCCUCUGAUGUUAAAUGGAGAGUAGGUUCUGGUGAUUCCAUUUUGUUUUGGACUGAUGUUUGGCUGAGUUGUGGUGCUCUUAUAAAUUAUGCCCUCAUUGAUUUGUCUGAGGAAAUGCUCCAGUUGAAUGUGAGUGAUUUUCUGGAGGAGGGUUUGUGGGAUAUUGCUUGCUUGCAAGAGUGUCUUCCUCCUAAUAUUGUGUUCAUGAUUACUAGUAUUCAUGCUGGCUUCAUUGAUAGUGGUCCUGAUAUGUGCAUUUGGAGGUUUACUUCUAAUGGUAAAUUUUCUGUGAAAUAUGCCUACCAAUUUUUUUGUCCAGUUGAGGCUGGUUCUAAUUGGCAUUGGGGGUUUAUUUGGAGGUUGCAGCUGCCUCCUAAGGGUGCUUUGUCACAAAAAGCUCCUUACUAA